GACAGACCUCUUCCUUCGUGAUACGUGGACUAUUUUAUUUAUCUAUCAAAGAAUGGGAGCCUUACAGACACACCUUUUUCUGCUCCUAAUUAUUCACAAUAUGAAAGACACGAUCACCGGAGCGACAACAGAAAUUACAUUUCACAUCCUGGAGGAACAAUCAGAAGAAAUCUUCAUUGGGAGUUUAAUAGAAGAGCUCUUCUUUCCUGGUCCAGUACAGUUUCUGCUGUUGGAUAAUUCCGAGUAUUUUCAUUUAGAACCACAAACUGGAAAUUUAUAUACAACUAAGAAGAGAUUGGACAGAGAAGCCAUAUGCCCAUUCGAGGUUUUAGAUCAUUGUGUGAUCACAAUGGAUGUGUUCGUUUCAUCUGAAGAUCAUGCAGAGAUCACAAAGGUGAAUGUCAAUAUUGGGGAUAUUAAUGAUAAUGCUCCCUAUUUUACAGAAAAUAUAAUCACACUCUACAUUUCUGAAGAUACAGAAAUGUGGACUUUAUUUCCCAUCGACCAUACGGCCAUUGACGCAGACACUGGCAAAAACAGCGAUCUGAUCUAUCGCUUAAACUCCACCAAUGACGUUUUUACUUUAUACCAACAUGACGAAUUAAUUUCACUAGCUGUUUCUAAGCCUUUGGAUCGUGAAUCACAAAGUACAUACAAAAUGUCACUAGUUGCUUAUGAUAGUGGCUCGCCUACGUUAUCCGGCAGUGCAGCCCUUAUAGUGCACGUAAAGGACAUCAAUGACAAUUGCCCCAUUAUUCUUACAAAUAACAUUUCCAUAAGAAUUCCUAGAAACGUGACGGUUAACAGCACAGUGACACAGAUUCUGGCUUUUGAUCCAGACACUGGUGAAAAUAGUGCAAUUAAUUAUGUGUAUGGCAACAGGGUCCAAGAAUCUUCCAAAAAUCUUUUUAGUUUGGAGGGCACAAGUGGGAUUAUCACGUUAUCUUCUCCUGUAAACAAAGAAACAAAUCUUAUUCACAAACUUACGGUGUUAGCUGUUGGACCGGGCUGUGCACCAGCAGUGGCUUUGGUUACAGUAACUAUUGAAGAAGUUAGAAGAAGGGAACCUAAAAUGGAGUUUCGUUUUAUUGGUACCCAAGAAAACAGGGUACUAUCUAUAAGAGAGGAUACACCACCGAAUACAAUUAUUGCCAUUUUAGAAAUGACAGAUCCUGACCAUAGCAUCUGCAGACCGUUGUACAUAUCCGGGACCUCACCUUUCCUUCUUAAGCCUUCUGAAAAUUCUCCAGACACAUAUUUGCUUUUAGCAUUCAAACAACUAGAUUUUGAGUUAGAACAAAAGUAUGACAUUCACAUCAUUGGCAAUUCUACAUUUGAGGAAUCUAGGGUAUAUGAAGAAGUUCUCAGUAUUACCAUUGAAGAUGUCAAUGACAAUGUGCCACAGUUCCCACUGGAUAUUAUAGAUAUAUAUAUUGAGGAAAACAAUAGGCCAGGAGAAAUAUUAUUUAAGGUUUCGGCUUCUGAUGCAGACAGUGGCCCCAAUGGAAAUAUCAAUUAUAUUUUGGAAGAAGAAGCCACCUAUAUAUUUGCUAUUAACAGCUCAAGUGGGAGUCUCACCACAUAUGUGUCUUUUGACCGAGAAAGAGAAAAAUCUUAUACUUUUCUGGUUACAGCAAUAGACCAGGGUACUCCAUCAAAGAAUAAUUCCUGCACAAUUAUAAUUCAUAUUUUGGACAAAAAUGACAAUGCUCCAAGAUUCUGCAGUAAUGAGUUUACUUUUUUUAUUCCUGAAAAUCUUGCCAAACAUGGGGAGGUUGGAAUUAUAAAUGUGACCGAUGUGGAUUUGGGGUCGAACAGUGAAUUUUCCUUGUCCUUGAUGAAUUUUAACAGCCUAUUUUCUGUAGGCCAGGAUAGAAUUUUAAGAUCCCAGGAUUCCUUUGACUAUGAGACAAAAAUGCUUUAUGAAGUGUGGAUUGAAGCUAAGGACAAUGGCAACCCACCUCUCUCUUCCAGGGCAAAAAUCUAUGUACACAUAAUGGACGUGAAUGAUAAUGCACCAUUGAUAUUAUCUCCAAAAUCAAACUUUUCAUAUGUUUUAGUCACUCCGGAUAUUUUGAAAGGGUCCUGCAUUACUAACGUUCAUGCAGUUGACUAUGAUGCCGGCAUGAAUGGAGUCAUAACAUAUAGUGAAUAUGGUGAAAGUGACCCUAAUUUUAAUCUUUUUAAGAUUGAUACUUUUACAGGUAACAUCACGUUAAAAGAAACAGCAAACAUAACACCAUGUGGACUUUAUCAACUUUUGGUGAAAGCAAGUGACCAGGGGUAUCCGAAAUCACUUUUCACAAUUGUAAGAGUUAAUAUUCUACUUAAUUAUAGCAUCAGCAAUGAGAGUUACCUGGAGUCAUUAAUCAUGGCCAAGCCAUCAACAUUCAAGUUAAAUCCAGUAAUUAAAAUUAUCCCAUGCCCACAAUAUGAGACUAUGCCAUUAUUCUCUUGGGCUCUGACAUCUCCAGCUGUUCUUGUUAUUGUGAUAGUCUUUGUUUUUGGCUGCGCAACAGGGACCUUUUUGUUUUUCUGUAUAAGAAAAAGAAACUCAAAAAGGAAAAAAAGACCAGAUGUGCAAAUUCCAUUAAAGCUUACGGCUGAAUAUUGUGUAAAAGACUGGAACGAGGUGAAACACUAAUUCCGGAAGUUACUUUAUUCCAUCCAUUUUUAGUUUAAAAAAAUCUAGCAUUUCAAGACGUGGCAAUUUUUAUUCCAUGUGUGCCAAAUACAGGAAAAAUGGAUUUGAAAAAGACAAAAAAUAGUCCUUUUCUGUCCGUGAAAUAUUUCUGGAUCAAGAUGGAAUUCUUGUAAUAGAGGAAAGAAGAGUGAACUAAUGAAGAAAUUUCAGGCCGAGGUGACACGGAUGGAGGAUGAUGUUAGAUAAUGAAAAAAGAACAAUAUUAAUCACACUACCAACAAAUAACGAUAAUAUCAUUUAGUGAAUAAUUCUACCUAGAAGUUUACACAUUAAAGUCGGGACAAUGGGUGAUUAGUGAGUUUGUCCGAAUUAGAAUAUAAUUAGGUAAUCCUAAAUACAAGAGGGUUAGAGAUGAUUACCAACAAUUACCAACAAGUUUGAGGACUAUAUUUAAAUAAUAACUGAACAAUUAAUAUAUAUA